AGAGCGUGGCGCAGUCACUUGACGCGCAGCUGCCGAACGGUUCGUGUAGCAGCUCGCAACAGAGUGGAGAUCUCAAUUACACCCUGUGUCGCACACUCUGUACUGCCACUUUUCUUUCUCUCUUCAAAUCAACAGUGCGAUUCUAGCGACACUACUUUCACCAAGCACCUGUUGUGGUUUAUACGUAAUAGAAGGGAACGCCUUUGACCCCGGGAACCGAGCACCGCCCAGCUUCGCCGCGCCGGCCUGCAGCCACGAGUACGAAACCAUCAACUUGCGACUGAUCACCCACACACCUUCACUACACUCGUCGUUGUCCCAGAAAACACUCGAAAAUGGAUCCCAACAAGCAAUACGGUGCGCCGCCGCAGUAUCCUCAGUCACCGCCACCAAUCCACCAAGAUGCUGGCCCAUACAACCAGGGGGGUAUGCAGCCAUACCAGCAGGGGCCGCCCAGCAGCAAUGACUACUACGGCUCGCCCAACCCAUACCAACAGGGUCCCGGCUACGGGCCACCUCAGGGCCAAUAUGGUCCUCCUGGAGGACAGUACGGACAGCCGCAACAACAGAUGUAUUACCAGCAGGGCCCGCCGCCACCGGGAGGCUACUACCAGGACGACAGGAGACAGGGAGGUGGCGGAAGCGGCGGACUGUUCGCAGGUCUCUGCGCCGGUUUAGCAUGCUGCUGCUGCUUGGACUGCUUGUUCUAGGCCUAUAAGGCGUCGAGGGAGAGUAGGGAUGGGACGAGCGUCGCUCGUACAUGCUGCGCCGAUGCAUUACAUACUUAAUACUUCGCGCCUGCUGGACGGGUUAAUCACUAGUCCUGAUGGGCGGGAGAGAUGCAGAGGAGAGUGGAUACGAGAUUUCUUCAG